UUUACAUUCCUUCAAGUUUGAUUGUUGGAAUGUCCUGGGUUUCCUUCUGGUUGAACCGAGGAGCUGCUCCUGCUAGAGUUGGUCUAGGGGUCACUACAGUGCUAACCAUGACAACUCUCAUGUCAAGUGUAAACGCAUCCCUGCCUAAAAUCUCGUACAUGAAGUCUAUAGACAUAUAUCUCGAGGUGUGCUUCUUUAUGGUGUUCGGUGCUCUGAUUGAGUACGCAUGCGUAGGAUAUACCGCCAAGCGGAUACAGCUGCGCAAAAACCGGUUCCUUGCCGUACAGAAACUAGCAGAGGAAAAGAAAGAAGAAGCUUUAAAACAAAUGAGUAACAUGAAGGCAAUGGAGUUGGAUUUGAAGCAGCGUCACCCUGAUAACUACCAUAUGCAAGGUUGCAGGGACGGAAGGAUGCAAGGCCCCCCUCCUCCAAUCCGCAGAGAUCAUCCUAAGCAGGCUACAGUUAGGCUGCACAGCUGUUGUAUGAUGACCUGUACCCUAAACGGUGGACCCGAGAUGGGACAAGAAUCCUCAAGGCAAAUGCCAGGAAUGCCCCCAGUUCCCCCUCCCCCAGCCCCUGCGGUUCCACAAGCCCCCCCGGAACGUCUGUUUGGAAUGAAGGCCAGCGAUAUCGACAAAUACAGCAGGAUUGUGUUCCCCAUCACCUUCCUCUCAUUCCAUCUCAUGUACUGGAUGAUCUAUCUCACCAUCUCCAACGAGGUUGUCGACGAUCUUGUCUAUCUCGUCUAAAUCAGCUGAUAAGUGCCAUUUAAAAAUUGGUCCCAGCAGCUGAUAUGUCACCUACCACUUCUAGUCAAGUUACGGCAUCUAACAUGCUAUCUACUACUUCUAGAUCAAUCCGAGCAGUUGGUAUGUCACCAGAAUUAUUUGAUGUUUCAGCUUCUUUUUCAAGAUCAAUCCCAACAGUCGGUAUGUCACCAGAAUCAAUUGAGGUUUCAGCUUCUUUUUCAAGAUCAAUCCGAGCAGUUGGUAUGUCACCAGAAUUAUUUGAUGUUUCACCUUAUUUUUCAAGGUCAACCCCAACAGUUGGUGUGUCACCAGAAUCAAUUGAUGUUUCAGAUUCUUUUUCAAGAUCGAUCCGAGCAGUAGGUAUGUCACCAGAAUCAUUUGAUGUUUUACCUUCUUUUGCAAGAUCAAUCCCAGAAGUUGGUAUGUCACCAUAAUCAUUUGAUGUUUUCCUUCUUUUUCAAGAUCAAUCCCAACAGUUGGUAUGUCACCAGAAUCAAUUGAGGUUUCAGCUUCUUUUUCAAGAUCAAUCCCAGAAGUUGGUAUGUCAUGUCACCAGAAUCAUUUGAUAUUUCACCUUAUUUUUCAAGGUCAACCCCAACAGUUGGUGUGUCACCAGAAUCAAUAGAUGUUUCAGAUUCUUUUUCAAGAUCGAUCCGAGCAGUAGGUAUGUCACCAUAAUCAUUUGAUGUUUUACCUUCUUUUGCAAGAUCAAUCCCAGAAGUUGGUAUGUCACCAGAAUCAUUUGAUGUUUCACCUUAUUUUUAAGAUCAAUCCAAGAAGUUGGUAUUUCAACAGACUCAUUUGAAGUGUCAGAUUCUACUUCUAGAUUAUCAAUAGCCAUUGAUAUGUCACCAGAAUCAUUUGAUGAAUUUCCCCCUCUACUUGCAGAUCAAUUUUAGCGAAUGAUAUGUCACCAGAUCAAAGCAGUUGAUAUGCCAGCUAAAAAUUCUAGAUCAAUAAAAGCGAUCCAUAAUCAGUUGAAAUGUCACCUCAUAGUUCUAGAUCAUGCAUACCGUUUGAUAUGUCACCAGAAUCAGUUAAUGUGUCACCUACCACUUCUACAUCUAUCCUAGCAUCUGAGAAUUAUGUUGAUGGUUGUAUGGAAACAAAACUCUCAAACUAGGAUACAAUAAUAGAAAAAAAUAAUUGAUGUACACUACUACAAAUGCAUCUAGUCUUAGAUGUAGUCAGCUCUUGAAAACUGGGUAUGAGUAAAUGAUCAUGUGACGAGAGUAUUUUGAGUAAAUGAUCAUGUGAAGAGAGUAUAUUGAGUAAAUGAUCAUGCGACGAGAGUAUUUUGAGUUAAUGAUCAUGUGACGACAGUAUAUUGAGUGAAUUAUCAUAUGGCGAGAGUAUAUUGAGUAAAUGAUCAUGUGACGAGAGUAUAUUGAGUGAAUGAUCUAGUAAAGAGAGUAUAUUAAGUGAAUGAUCAUGUGACGACUGACGAGUAUAUUGAUUGAACGAUCAUGUGACAAGUAUAUUGAGUAAAUGAUCACGUGAAGAGAGUAUAUUGAGUGAAUGUUCAUAUGAGAGUAUAUUGAGUGAAUGAUCAUGUGAAGAGAGUAUAUUGAGUGAAUGAUCAUGUGACGUGAGUAUAUUGAUUGAAAGAUAAUGUGAAUAGAGUAUAUCGAGUGAAUGAUCAUGUGAGAGAGUAUAUUGAGUAAAUGAUCAUGUGAGAGAGUAUAUUGAGUAAAUGAUCAUGUGAAGGGAGUAUAUCGAGUGAAUGAUCAUGUGAAGAGUAUAUUAAGUAAAUGAUUGCGUGACGAGCAUAUUAAGUAAUUGAUGUUAUGACAAUUAUAUUGAGUAAAUGAUGAUAUGACGAGUAUAUUGAGUAAAUGAUCAUAUGACGUUUAUAUUGAGUAAAUGAUCAUAUGAAGAGUAUAUUGAGUAAAUGAUCAUAUGACGAGUAUAUUGAGUAAAUGAGCAUGUAAAAAGCUAAAGAAUGAUCAUAACACAAACUCCUUUAACUUAUUAAUUGAUGUUUAAAAUUAAUCAUCAAAUUCGAUUUUAUAAUUUUCGAGAGACAUUGAUGAAAAAACAAGACAAAAUCUUUGAAAUAUUGUUUUUGGCAUCAUGUAAAAAGUAGCUUUUUCAUUGGAUUAUUUUUUAGAAAUUCCCUGAUUUCAAUAAAAGAUGGAGAGUAAGUAUAUACUUCAAGUGAUUGUUUGCAUCCAAACAAUUGUUCGUUGUUAAAAUUAACAUUUCAACAGAUUUAAUAAAUUAGAAUUAAGUAAGUUAAAAACUACAUUAAAAUGUAUAAACUCUAACUUUGUACAUAGGAAUAAUUAUGCAGGAAGUAUUACAUAAAUCUGUAUUUAUCAAUAUUGCUUUGUAAGGGUUGUGAUUUAUAAUAAUGCCAAACGUUCUAUAACCUUCUGUUACAAAAAAUUGUUUACUUUUUUAAAAAGAUUGGCGCCGAGAUACAUUCUUUAGAAUUUAGAAUUUUUUAUGAAUUCAAGUAUUAACCAUUAAACUAGCGUCGUUGUUAUAAAUUGUAAGAAUAAAAUUGUAAAUAAUGGCUAUAAAAGAAUAUCCUUAUAGAGAUGAGUAAAAAUAUCCACCUUGGGUAUAACCAUUAAUGCAUGGCGUUGACAAAAAAGCUCAAAAUCAGCCUGAAAUAUAUAUUUACAUGCAUCUAUAUCUUUGUCGCUUGCUUGCAACUUAUGUAAUGUUAAAAUAUUAAUGCUUAGAGUUAAAAAUAAUAGAUCCUAUUAAGAUGUUUAUGGGUUAGUGUCUACUAAAGAGUACACUAAUUGCGUCUUGUCUAGAUAUUUAUCGUGGAUUAUUGUCUAAUGAAGAGUACACUAAUUGCGUCAUGUAAAGUUAUCCUCCCUAGUUCAAUCCUCAUUGUAACAUUAAACUAUCCAUGUACUUCGACAAAGCAUUGCAAUGCAAAAGUGUAGGAUUCCGUUGAUUUCAAUUAAGAGUAUUAAAACAGAGCUGAAAACUUUAGAAAUGGAUACCCUUAAUACCGAUCGCUUAAUUUGAAUAUCCAGUGUGUACACUUUUGAUUUAUGCUUAAUCCUCUCUUUUUCCCUUUUUCUUGGAUAUUCCUACGGGAUUCCGACCAAUGAGAGUUCUCUCAAUAAAUUGCGGGCAAAAUUUUAAGUUGCGCGACUUCUACAAUUUCUACAAUCGACAGUCGAUCUGACUGGCUGCAUCUUAGAUACUUACCUGGAUACACAGUCGAUCUGACUGGCUACAUCUUAGAUACUUACCUGGAUACACAGUCGAUCUGACUGGCUGCAUCUUAGAUACUUACCUGGUUACACAGUCGAUCUGACUGGCUGCAUCUGAGAUGCUUACCUGGAUACACAGUCGAUCUGACUGGCUGCAUCUUAGAUACUUACCUGGAUACACAGUCGAUCUGACUGACUGAAUCUGAGAUACUUACCUGGAUACAAACUGAAAAUUAUAAUAAUUUUAAAAUAGAUAA